AUGGAUAAAGCAAAUCAUUCUUUAGUCACUGAGUUUAUCCUCGAGGGGUUAACAGACAAGCCAGGACUGCAGCUUCCUCUCUUCGUCUUCUUUUUAUUGAUCUACACAGUCUCCAUGGUGGGCAACAUGGGCUUGGUGUUUUUAAUCAGGUUCAGUUCUCAGCUUCACACACCCAUGUAUUAUUUUCUCAGUAACUUGUCCUUCAUAGAUCUCUGCUACUCCUCUGUCAUAAUCCCCAAGAUGUUAGUGAACUUCGUGUCAGAGAAGAAUUUCACAUCCUUUCCUGAGUGCAUGACACAGCUCUUUUUCUUCUGCUUCUUUGGUAUCGAUGAUUCCUACAUGCUGACAGCUAUGGCAUAUGAUCGCUACGUUGCCAUCUGUAACCCCCUGUUCUACAAUGUCACCAUGUCCAACAGAGUCUGUUUUCUCCUGGUCACCGGGGUGUAUACAGUGGGGUUCUUCGGUGCCUUAGUUCAUACCAGCUACAUAUCUAGUCGCUUCUUCUGUGGAACUAACAUCAUUCAACAUUACUUCUGUGAUAUCCUUCCUCUUCUGAGUAUCUCUUGCUCGAGAGACUUCACCAAGGAACUGCUGGUGAUGGUUCUGGUUUCUUUCAAUGUGUUUGCAUGUGCUAUAGCCAUCUUCAUCUCUUAUGCCUUUAUUGUUUCCAGCAUCUUGCGCAUCCGCUCCGCUGAAGGCAGGUCCAAAGCUUUCAGCACCUGUAGCUCCCACCUUGCAGCUGUUGGGGUUUUCUAUGGCUCCAUCAUUUUCAUGUAUUUUAAACCAUCUACCGGCGACACAACUCAGGAGAAGGUAGCCUCCGUCUUUUAUACCACAGUGAUUCCCAUGCUUAACCCCAUGAUCUACAGUCUUAGGAACAAGGAUGUCAAAGAAUCUCUUAAAAAACUUCUGAAUUGUGGGAUACUUUCCAGGUCUGUAUAG